GUGCAAAUUCUUUCCCGCGCAUUUUUUGUUUCUCGAAGUUGCAAAUGUGAAAGUCUAAAGAGUGAUCGAUUGUUUCGUGUUUUUGGAUUGUUCCAUUCUCUAUUCAUUUGCAUAUUUAUUCAUAUUGGAAAUAUUUCAAUUUUGAUUCUUUUUCUGCGUUCAGCGUUAGAGAGAAGAGCAGCAGAAAAAGAAAUCUUGUCAGCAAUACCACCUGCUCUAUGAAGAUAAAAUACAAAUUGUGAAAGAGUUGAACAAUAUUCUACCGUUGGAAGAAGAAGAAAUGCUUCCUGGUGAUGGAUUGGGAUUAUCUCCAACUUCGAGUCGUGCCAAUGUUGGAUUGUCUCAAAUCUCUCUGCCAUUAGCGUGGAAACCAAAAGAAACUCGAACAUUCUCCAUGUUUCUGGUGAUACAAAGUAAAACCAGAGUUAUAGACACAAAAAUCAUUUCUCAUGUUGAUAAGAAUAUGACUGAUGUCAUUAUUCCGGACUCUUUUGUAUUUGAUAAUGAGCCCGAAGACUUCAACGUCGAUAUUUUGAUUUAUGCAGCACGAACUGAUUACGGACUUGAGAAUAAUACCGGCGGAAGUUUGAAAAGUCGAAUUACGCGAUCAAUUGGAAGAAAGUUUGGAUCGAGUGUGAAAUCACAAGUCUCAACUCCUGAAAUGUUGAAAAGCCCACGGCUUGAUCAAACCAUUUCUGGAGCACACUAUAAUUUACUGGCAAAAGCAACACUCUCUAUUGCAGAUGCAUGUGAAGAGGCAACUAUUCAUAAUCUUAGAAUGAGUGCAUUUGCGGAUUUAUCCGGACCCCCAUUGUAUGGUCACAUUAUCUGCCGUCUGGCAAUUCAGCCGCAUUCAGUCCUUCGACCAAUUUUAGAAGGCGUUUUGUCAGUGCAACAUGUUGAAGAAGGAGUCGAAUUGGAAAAUACGGCAGCCCGUCUUCAAGCUGGAAAUCUUCAUUUUUAUUCUAUUGGAGACAUUGCAAAUAGUUCGAAAAAUACUGUUCUAAUAAUUCCGCUGAGCAGCAGAAGCCGUAUUGUACCCACACCAUCUGCAAGAACGUUCCUACUUCGUACCGACGAGUCCAAAGAGGUGCCGGCUUCAUCAGUGUACAUUGUGACAAAUAGUGAUAGAGAUUACGAGAUUUGGAGAAGAGCCAUUGAAAUUCAGAUUUAUGAUAUUGGAAUAUGGGGUAGAUUUGCAACCAAGAUAUCUUCUCUUCUCACGCAGAAGAGAGAGGAUCCUAUCAGAGAAACUCUGAGCCGAGGAACUGGUAGCAAUCUUUAUGAAACGAUUUCCAUUAAAGGUAAAUGCUUGGCAUGCUCAACAGAAUUAGUAUCAGGGUUAUGCGCCUGGUGGAAAAAAUCUGCUUCCGGUUCCAGUCAUCAUCCGACCCAAGGUUAUUUGAUCGAUCAGCGACAUGCGAGUUCGGGCUAUUUUAACGGCUAACUGCUGAAUCAUUUCGGUUUUUCAUGAAAAUUAGAAAUUUCAAAUUUGUGAAAAUUAAAGAAAAAGUGAUAGAUGCUUAUAACUACUGGUUAUUAUAGGUUUAUAUGCUGUUAUUGAAAACGUGAUUUUUGGCGAAAAGCUGUAUAUUUUUUCAAUAACUAUUUUCUUCUCAAUAAACUAUUUCGUUCUCAAAAGGCCAGUUUUUGUUUUUGGUUGUCGAUCUCAUAGUCAGCCAAUCGCGAAGUCAGAAUACCAAAAAGCUAAACAACCCUCACUAGUAUGUUCCUGCAAAGUUUGAUAAAACAAAAUUAUAUUUUUGGAAGAAGUGCUGUAAUGAUUGAAUAUUUCGUAAGAACUAGGUAUAUGAUUUUCUAUGCAAAUGAAAAAUUUUUAUACUUAUCUUUUUUCCCACUUAACGCCACUUUUGAAUGUUUGAGCCUAAAACUUUACACUUCUAAAAUUUGAAAAUAUUUCAAUAAUUUCAUUUAUUUUAGGAUCCAUAUCCAAAGCUUUUGGAGGCCUCUCGCUUGUCCCUUGCGAUGGACAACCUCAUCCAAAUGGAGCUGCAACAGCUCCUGUCAAACGGCCGCAAGUCAAACAACGCGCAAAAGUUAUAGACUUUUUCCAAGCUCAAAGUCCCAAACCAUCACGUAAGAGUAUUAUUCAUGAACCGUCUUCAAAUUAUGUUAUCCAAUUGAAUAUUGGAGAAGAUGUUAUGGAAAAUGAAUACAAUUCCUAUUCUCCGCUGUAUCGCAUGUCACCACGACCUCCCUCCAGCUAUAGACAUCAUUCAGAUGAUCAAUACAAGGACGGGAAGAAGAGUUGGUCUAAAUCCAUCGGUUCGCUGAUCAACCGUAAUGCAUCGCAUGUCACCCGACUUUAAAAUACUCCUCAAAUAACGACUACAAUCACCUCUACAUUUAUCAUUGGCUAUAAUGUACUACAUGAAUGCUUUACUCCCAUUUCGGCAUACAUAUUCCUAAGUUUCAAAUUUUUUAUGUAAUAUGAAG